AUGGCCUCCAUUGCUCGCACUAUCCGCCCCUUUGCUUGCCGGGCUCUUGCCCAGAAGCCUUCCUCCCCUGCUUGCUGCACUGCGCCUGCUUUCCGCUUCCCGCGGGGAACCCGGGGCUUCUCCCAGAGCCCUCUGUCUCAGUUGAAGAAGUUCACCGAGUCGCACGAAUGGAUUGAGCUCGCCGAUGGCAGCAAGACUGCCAAGAUUGGUAUCACCGCGUACGCCGCCAACUCCCUGGGUGACGUCGUCUUCGUCGAGCUCCCUGAGGCGGAGCUUGAGGUUGGUGCUGGCGAGCCCGUUGGUGCUGUCGAGUCCGUCAAGUCCGCCUCCGAUGUGCUCUCCCCAGUCGCCGGAAAGGUCAUUCGCGGCAACGCCGUUCUGGAGGACAACGCCAAGACCAUCAACGCCAGCCCCGAGGGCGAGGGCUGGAUUGCUGAGAUCGAGGUCGCUGACCCGGCCGAGCUCGAGUCGCUGCUGGACGAGGCUGCCUACAAGGAGACCAUUGAUGCUUAA